UUUUUUAAACCUUCCAAUUUCAGAGCCAAACCAAAACCCCCUUCCAAAAAAACUCCACAAUGAAGAAACUUCUUUUUUUUUUUUCUUUCUUUCCUUAACUAAAAAGAAAAAAUCGAACAUUGUCUGUUUAUCACGAUGAACCAUUGCUGUUGGUAUUUAAUAUAAACAUUUUUUUUUUUGUUUUUCUAUAUAAAAAAUUCUUAAAUAGAUCGGGAGACAUUGUAAAUCCUUCGAUUCUGGUCUCCUCGAUCAGCAAUAUUUCAAUCACCUCAGAACCUGCAUUGCACGGAUCUAAUUAAGCAUUUUUAAUCCGUAUCCAUUGUAUAUAAAAAAAUUUGGGAUUUAAUUCAAAUCCCUCGCAUUUUGGGGUAAAAAUGCAAAUCGAUGUAACAUUCGGUGUAUGAAUUCUCUACCUGUCCGGAUUCAGAUCGUGGAAUCUGCAUUUUAUGUUCUUCUAGAUCGCGUUGUUUUGACCUACAUUUAUCGUUGAAUAGAAUUGGUUCGUGCUCGGUUAUAUUUUUAGAUAUUUAGCGAUUAAAUUAUAAAGAUGGAUCCCAUAUCAGCAGUAAGCGAAGAACUAGGUCAGAUCGAUGGCCAGAUAGCUGACAUUUUCCGAGCUUUAUCAAAUGGGUUUCAGAAGUUGGAGAAGAUUAAGGAUGUUAAUAGGCAGAGUCGGCAAUUGGAAGAGCUUACUGGGAAGAUGAAGGAUUGUAAGAGGCUUAUCAAAGAUUUUGACAGAGAAGUGAAGGAUUUGGAGAAUAGAAAUGACCCAAACACAAACAGAAUGCUGAAUGAAAAAAAGCAAUCAAUGAUUAAAGAGCUGAAUUCAUAUGUUGCUCUUAAAAAGCAAUAUGCAGCCAAUUUAGAAAACAACAAGAGAGUUGAUCUUUUUGAUGGGCCUGGUGAAGAGUUAAAUGAAGAAAAUGUGUUGCUAGCUUCAUCUAUGACAAACCAGCAGUUAAUGGAUAAUGGAAAUCAGAUGAUGGACGAGACAGAUCAAGCAAUUGAGAGGGGUAAAAAGAUUGUUCAAGAGACCAUCAACGUAGGAACAGACACUGCAGCAGCUCUUAAGGCUCAGACUGAACAAAUGAGUAGAAUUGUUAAUGAGCUUGACUCUAUCCAUUUUUCAAUCAAGAAAGCUUCUCAACUGGUCAAGGAAAUUGGUAGGCAGGUUGCAACUGACAAAUGCAUCAUGGCGAUGCUGUUCCUUAUUGUCGCAGGGGUCAUAGCUAUCAUUAUUGUGAAGCUUGUGAACCCAAACAACAAAGACAUUCGGGAUAUUCCAGGAUUAGCCCCUCCAGCUCAGAAUCGCAGAUUACUUUGGCAUCCUAAUAAAGAAAGUAGCUAUAACGGGGCUGCCUUGUGAGCACGUCAGGGUAAUUUACAAUCCAAGAAAACUUGACAGUGUGAUGCUAGUUGCAGGAUCUAGCAUUUCAGUACCAGUUUGGUGCUUUUCUGAAAAGCUUCCUCAAAUACUUGUCUCGAGAUUUAUUGUUGUAGUUCAUUGAAUAGCUUAAUUUGGAAGAAGACUUCACGGCUAUCCCAAAACGAAAGUGCUUAGGAAUUACCUAAUUUAUCUAUUGGUUCAUAGCAUGCAUAAUUACCCUUGUAUGUUUUUCUUUUCUUUUCUUUUCCUUCAGCUUCAUAACAUGUUUGAUAUUUUUUAUUUUUUUUAUUUUUUGUUUGAGAUUCAUUCAUUCAGCUUACUUACAUUUGGAUGUGCGUUUGUGGAGCUAAAUUUUAAUGAACUAAGUACAGGAGUUUUGCUUC